AUGGUACCGCAUGACAACGUCACGACGUCAACAUCUUACGUCUCAUUACGUGAUCAUAUAAACUAUCGACACAGUACAAGUCAAGAUGAAAGAUUGUUAUUUCCAAGAUUGUUACGUGAACAAUUAUUCAAGUCUGUUUGGUCUCUUGAGUCACUUGCUAUUCCCAUGACAUAUAUCAGUACUGGUCUAUUAUAUUCCUUCCCACAAACUAUGAUCGAGAUCUUUCCACGUUCUAUUGGAGCUUCAGAUGCUCAAUUGAACACUGUUGCUGUUGUUCGUGCUCUUCCAUGGACAUUUAAAGUAUUGCUUGGAGUGUUACCAGAUUUGUACCCAAUUUCAAACCAACGAUAUGCUCCAUAUUUAGGUCUUGGAUGUCUUCUUGCCUCCAUUUUUCACAUUUUACUUGCAAUUUAUACAGCAACAAACACAUUAACAUUAUUCUCAUUUACUUUUCUUCUCUUUGGAGCGACAAUUGGCGUCGUGAUGGCUGAUGUCAUGGCUGAUGCUUUAGUAGCACAUCGAGUGGUUCAAGGACUCCAAUAUACCAAGUCGGGACCAUUUGAUGGUUCAUACCUUCAGACAACCGUCUCUCUUUGUCGUUUUGGAAGUGAAAUAUUUGGGUAUUGGCUUGGAGCAUGUUUAAAUUACUCGGUACAAUGGGGUUACACCACAUCCAUGAUGUACCAAUUUGCAUUUCUUGCAUGUGUACCUCUCGUAAUGGUACUUCCAGCUUUAACUUAUCUUACUGAACACGAUGAACGUCCUAUGAUGUCGUUGCAAGCUCAAAUGAAAGGACUUUGGCUAAUGCUUCAACGACGAGCAACAUGGCAACCAGUAUGUUUCCUUGUUCUUGUUAAUUCAUGUUUUGUACCAAAUGCAGCAUGGGGUAAUUACCUAAAAGUUGCAUAUCAUUUUACUGGAUUUCAGUAUGGAGCUAUCAGUGGCAUAGGUGCAUGUGUCACUUUUGUGGCUAUUCAAUUGUAUCGAAGUCAAAUUGUACCUUAUUUUGAUGCACCGUGGCAUCAUGUGUUUUAUACUACAGGAAUUGUCAUUGCAUUCUUUUCUUUACUUAAUAUCUUCUUCGUCUUCCAUGUCAAUGAUCAAAUUGGACUCUCACCCUUUUGGUUUGCAAUGGGUGAUGCUGCAGGAAGUUCAUUCGCACGUGGUUUUCAGUAUCUUCCUGUAGCACAAAUGUUUGUAGCUGUAUGUCCAAUGUACCAAGAAGGUGUGGCAUUUGCAUUGCUUACAAGUAUCACGAAUGUUGCUCAAGCUAUUGCCACUACAAUUGCCAAUAUAUUGCUCACUCUCUGGCCUGUUGACCUCCAAGAUCUUGAAAAAGUGCCUCAUGAUUAUCAAGGAGUUUGGAAACUUUCAAUCCUUACUAGCAUCAUCUCAAUCAUUCCCGUAAUAUUUUUAACCACACGAUGGUUGCCAAAGGGACCUCAAGAACAACAAGAAUGGAAACACGAUUUUUCAACCACUGGAGCUGCAUUUGUACUUGUUAUUUAUGCGGGUGGCUUCCUUUGGGUCUGUAUCUCGAGUUUACUCGCAAUCUUUGCUCCAUGUCAUGUGCUUGUAGGUGGUCAUGGCUGUUAA